AUGUCUGAUGCCAACAACAAUCAGAAAAGUGAUGACAAGCCAGUCUCGGAUGAGUCGAAAAACGCUGAGAAGAAGUCUGCCGAAAAGUCUGCGCAGAUAUCGACCGAUAAGCACGGACCACCAGCUCUCGACCCGAAAAUUGCUGAAUGGAUGGACGAUUGUAUCAAAAGACUCAAUUCUUUGUAUAAUGACUUGAAUCGAAAUAUUUGCAAUAUAAUGACUGGCCAGGAAAUAAUAGCAAUCAUCAGAAUGUGCGAAGCGAUUUUUAUGGAAGAGAGCAAUUUGUGCGAGGCCGAGGCGCCGAUCAAAGUCGUCGGAGAUAUUCAUGCGCAGUUUCAAGAUCUCAAUCGACUUUUUGAUUUGAUUGGACGCAUUCCAGAAGAACGAAUGAUGUUCCUCGGAGAUUAUGUCGAUCGCGGACCACAAGGAAUUGAAGUGCUCAUGCUAUUGUAUUGUCUCAAGAUUCGCUAUCGUGAUCGCAUAUUUUUGUUGCGCGGAAACCAUGAAACACCGUCGGUUAACAAGAUUUACGGCUUCUAUCUGGAAUGUCAAUACAAAUAUGGUGUUGGAUUGUGGUGGGAUUUCCAGACGGUUUUCAAUCGAAUGCCAAUGGCGGGUCUCAUUUCGAAAAAGGUGCUCUGCAUGCACGGAGGGCUCUCGCCAGAACUAACAUCUCUCGAUGUGAUUCGAGGAAUUCCUCGUCCUUGUGAGCCACUCGAUCGCGGUCUCUUGAUUGAUCUUCUCUGGUCGGACCCGACAAACAAAGGAGACGGAUGGUUCCAUUCGAUUCGCGGUAUCAGUUAUAUGUUCGGCAAAGCCGUUGUCGAGCAGGCUUGCAAGAACUUGGGCAUCGAUCUAAUUAUUCGAGCGCAUCAAGUCGUUCAGGAUGGAUAUGAAAUGAUGACCGGAAGACGUUUGAUCACGGUCUUCUCGGUUCCGAACUACUGCAACCAAUUCACGAAUGCUGCCGCUGUUGUGUGUCUCAACGGGAAUCUCGAGAUUUCGUUCCAACAAAUGCUGCCGCCACCAUUGCCACCAAACAUCACCAACGCAAAAGCCGCUCCUGCGAUUGCGUGCGAUCCGAAUAAAGAAACUGCGAAAGCCGACAAGGACUUCAUCAAACCAUACGAGAAGUCGACAGCUUGA